AUGACGCAAUUAAUUGAAUAUGGAUUAUUUUUCGGACUUUUCUUUGGACUGGAUUAUCCGGAAAUCAAAAGGGCCGAAUAUAUUCCAACUAUUUGUACCGUUCAGUCAGAAACCAUUGAAUCUAGAUAUUGCUGCUAUAAAGAUUGUGAUACAACUUGUGGUGACAGUGCACCUUCUUCAGCUCCCGAUUGUUCAACACUUGGGGGCAAAAUGGAAUUCUUUCUCCCCAGCACAAUGUGCGACAGCAACUAUGACAAAUAA